AUGGCCAGUCUACUAGACCUCCCAGAUGAGACGCUCGAGAGUGUGUUGCUGUGCAACAUCGACGGUCGCACCCUCCAUCAACUCGCUCGGGUCAACAAACGCCUCCGCAGGAUCGCGAGUCCCAUACUCGUCCAGCGCUGGCCAUAUUCCCAUGAACGCCUGCUCCUGCAUCUCCUCCACCACGCUGAGUUCAGAGCUCACGUCAAAGAGCUCAAAUUCGAAGAUCUUGUUACCUUCCGUCUCCAUGAACAAGACCACUCUGGAUGCGACAUUAGCACCGAAAGCCUAGAGGCCCUUGCCGCAACCGUGGACGAGGCGUGGCCAGCUCUGGCCAAGUCAACCAAGUGGGCAGAGUAUAUUCGCAAAGGCAACACAGACGCCUUGUGCACACUCUUGUUAUGCUGGGCGACCAAGCUUUCCAGUCUCGACAUUACAGUGCCAUGGUUCGAUGCCAAUCGGCGCCACGACUUGCUGGUCUUGCAGUUAGCAAGCCAGGUAGUCCGAAUGUGGAAGACGGGGUCCAAGGACUUGCCGCUUCUUGAGCUGCGGUCCGUGGUUUUCCGUCACUUGGACACCGAGUAUAGCACUGAUGGGCGAUACGCAGCGUCUUUUUUCCACCUACCCAACGUGAAAUCCUUCACUUCAUGGAGGUUUGGUCUGAUGGAUUGGGAUAAAAGCAACAGCAGGAACUACAAGGAUCCAACUCUUGGCUGGGUUCCGAUGGCGAAUCCGCGCGACAGUUACAUCCUUGAUUUCCCCGUUGGUACUUCACCAAUAGAGGAGCUCAUUCUAGACGAGGUCGAUGUUUCCGUCCAAUCUCUGUCCAGAGUCGUCAGUGCCUGCCAAAGGCUCAAGUUACUGCUGUGCCGGCCAGACCCAGUGUGCGACAAUUCCUGGUUAAGCUGGAGGGGGCUGGCAAACGUCAUGCUGCAGCACAAGAAGUCGCUGGAGACACUUUUCCUUGAUUUCGAACGGCCCGGAGAUUCGAUUCUGUUCAGUGAUGAUGAGGAAAUGGAGGUCAAUGGGAGCGAUGAUGCCAAUGACGAUGGCGAUAACCACGGACAUGAUGACGACCCUGAAGUUGGGAGCAUCCAUCUGCGCGACUGUUAUCAGUAUCUUGAGUGCCUCAAAAGUUUGUCAAUCGACGUCAGGUCCCUGUACAAGGAAGAUGGCUAUGGUGACUACCAUAUCACGCCUAGUCGUCUACCGAGUUCUCUAGUGAACCUACGGCUGCAGGGCCUACGUCUUACCUCAUUAUGGAAGCAAUCUAUCCAGCAGACUGAGGACCAAAUGAAUGACCUUGAGAUCUUGGUACAAGAAUGCAAUCCUGAUGGGAAGCUGCCUAAUCUCCGUCAGAUAAAUAUCGCCGAACGGUUGCCGGAGGAUCUUGUCCUUGAGGCGUUUGAUAGACUGAUGGAGUUGGCAAAGGCUCGAGGGGUCAAGGUCAUUUUCAUAAGACUAGGGGAGGAACGCUGGGCGGGAAUUGAACGGCCUUAA